AUGGUAGAUAUCAUUGCACCAAUCGUGGCUCCUCUACCCGAUCCUCCUGAAGGUCAAUAUUUCACAGAUCUACAAUGGAGUACAUUAAUGGCCAUAAUGGACACAGUGAUUCCAUCAAUCCACAAAGCCUCCAUCACAAAUGAUCCAUCCAGUCAGCUCUCUAUUCCCGACAAUGAAUACAACCAUGCAGUAACUCACAUGCAAACCACCAUCUCAUCACCCCCUUCAAACGAAGCAUUAGAAGCAUACCUCCACGAAAAAGCCUCCGAUAUUCCCGCCUUCCAAGAUCUUCUUCUUCGUACUCUCACCAUCUAUGCCCGCGAAGAUGCGCGCAAAGUCCUCGCUUUUAUCCUCACCACACUCAAUACUCGUCUUGGCUCCUUGAUGCUAACAGGCUAUGCCUCACCCCUCCAAUCUCAUCCCAUCAAUGUCCGCGAAUCGAUCCUGACUAAUUGGCGCAAUUCUUAUUUCUACCCCCUCCGCGCCAUCGCCAAAACAAUGUCGUUGUUGGGUAAACAUCUUUGGCUGAAAACAUCGCCGACUUUCGAUAGGGUCACGGGAUUUACAAAGGUUCCGGAUCAUUAUACACCGGGUCCGCAUUAUGAGUAUGAGUUUUUGCAAUUCCCGGCGGGGGAUGAACCCCAGAACAUGGAGACGGAUGUUCUGAUUGUAGGGAGUGGGUGUGGAGGGGCAGUCUGUGCGAAGAAUUUGGCGGAGGAUGGACACAAGGUGAUGGUGGUGGAGAAAUCAUAUUAUUAUCCUCCGUCACAAUUGCCAAUGUCGGAAGCCACAUCCGGGAUUCACCUUUUUGAAAAUGGAGGGUUGGCUACCAGUGAUGAUUCCAGCAUGUCGAUUGUAGCGGGAAGUAAUUGGGGAGGCGGAGGGACCGUUAACUGGAGCGCCAGUUUGCAAACCCAGGAUUAUGUGAGAAAAGAAUGGGCCGAGGAUAGAGGGUUGGCAUUCUUCGGUUCGUCGGAUUUCCAAGAUUGUUUGGAUCGCGUCUGUCAGAGAAUGGGCGUGAGUGCGGAGCAUGUGAGGCAUAAUCAUGGGAACCAAGUCUUGUUGGAGGGUUCGAGAAAGUUGGGAUUUCAUGCGAAACCGGUUCCGCAGAAUACGGGAGGUCAUGAACAUUAUUGUGGACAUUGUUCGAAUGGAUGUGGAUCUGCACAAAAGCAAGGACCGGUUGUUUCUUGGCUCCCAGAUGCUGCGAAGGCUGGGGCAGAGUUUAUUGAAGGAUUUAAGGUUGAUCAUGUUAUUUUUGACGAAACGGAUGGAAACAAGAAGGCGGUGGGAGUAAAGGGAGUUUGGACUUCAAGGAAUAGUCAAGGUGAUGCUGGUGGACCUUUAUCAGGCAAAAUCGUUCGGGAAGUUAUUAUCAGGGCAAAGAAAGUUAUCAUCUCGGCUGGUACAAUGUGGAGUCCUAUAAUAUUGAAGAAGAGUGGCCUCACAAAUCCACAAAUCGGAAAAAACCUCUAUCUCCACCCCGUCAGCGUAGUCGCCGCCGUAUUUCCCGAAGACGUAAAACCAUGGGAAGGCAGCAUCCUAACCAGCGUCUGCAGCACCUUCGAAAACCUCGACUCUCACGGCCACGGCGUCAAACUAGAAGCCACCUGCAUGAUGCCCUCCCUCUGUCUCCCCAUGCUCAAUUAUCCAACCGGCUUCUCCUAUAAAUUCAAAUCGCUCUUCUAUCGCCACAUGAACGCCUUUAUCUCCAUCGCGAGAGACCGUGAUACUGGAUGCGUAUACCCGGAUCCUAAAACGGGCCUCCCGCGUAUCUCGUAUACGCCGAGUGAAUUUGAUCGCGGUCAUAUUAUGCAGGGUGUUCUUGCCCUUGCUAAAAUAUGCUAUGUGAGUGGUGCUCGGGAGAUUCAUGUCACGGCUCAAGGUAUCGAUCCUUUUGUGCGCUCUCCGUCUCCCUCUUCCUCUUCCUCCACUUCCAAUCCCACUUCCAACCCUACUUCCAACCCCAAUCCAAACAAUCCCUCCACCGACCCCCUCUUCCAAACCUGGCUCACAACCCUCGCAUCCACAUCCACCAAACCCCCAGCAUCACAAUUCGCAUCAGCCCACCAGAUGGGUACAUCGCGCAUGAGUACGCGGCCGGAAAUGGGAGUCGUGGAUCCGAAUGGAAUGGUUUGGGGGGCGCAAAAUCUUUAUGUUUGUGAUGCGAGUGUGUUUCCGAGUGCGAGUGGGGUUAAUCCGAUGGUGACGGUUAUGGCGGUGGCUGAUUGGAUUAGUAGGGGGGUUGGGGGGAGUUGA